AUGCUUAAAGUUGGUCUUCCUUGUCUGGCGCUUUUGGCUUUGACCAGCGCCUUAAAAAUCCACGAAUAUGAGCAUGAGGAGCAUGCCAAAUAUGAGCCGGAACACGAGGAGACCGAGGUGCAUCAUGAGGUAGAUCACAAGCACGCAACAUCGCAUCAGAGCGUCAAAUUUCAUCAUUAUCAUGCCGUGCCCGUUUACAUUAAGAAGGAGGAUCAGCAUUUGGUCAAGAAGCCCAUCGAAAUUGGAGGUACCAAGCAAAAGUUGAAGAUUCUGCAUCCCAAGACUGAGCACAAUCAUAACCACGGCCUGGUUUUGGAGCACCACAGCGAGUCGCAUCUGCAUGAGCAUGGACACUACGAGGAGCCAGUGCAUCAUUCCGAGCACUACGAGCAUUAUUCACAUCAUGAAUAA